CCUUUAAUGACUGUAAUGAUAGUGAGCAUUUUCCACAUAUACUGCGCGUUAGCAUUGAUACGUAGCAUUUAAAUGUGGAGUACAGAAUAGAUAGAUAGAUAGAUAGAUAGAUAGAUAGAUAGAUAGAUAGAUACUUACUUUAUUGAUCCCGAAGGAAAUUCCAGAUAGUGACACCUGAUUCACACAUUGUCCUUUUACCAUGUUUCAACUAGAAUGUUGCAUUUCCAGAAGAAAAUGCGAGUGUGAUUGCAAAUAUGUUGCUUAAACUAUUGCAAGACAUGCUCAAAUAAUUAAAAAAAAAACCUCCUCCCUCACUCUAGCUGACGUCACACACACACACACAGUAGCGGUCUGAAGUCCGUGAAAAAUACAUUUAAAAAUCCAUCUAAAAAAAACUAUAACACUUAUCAGCAUGAAAAAUAAUAGCACACCUAAGCAGCAUUUUAGAUUUGGAACCAUGUUUCUACCUAUUACUGUUUAAGCAAUAGGUUGCUUAAACUAUUGCAAGAAAUUCUGAAAUAUUAUAUAAAUACAACUCUCAAACCGGGAUCUCCAGCAUGUGAGGCGAAUGCGCUAAGAAUGUACCACAAGCAAUGUAAGUCGUUACUGGCAAGUUAACUUAUUAAGAUGAGGUUAACAUCACAUUACAUCACAUGAAGAGUGAUCAGUCUAUGGAGGUUCUUCUGGUGUUUAAAGAUGGAGACUCCUCACUUCUACACAGUGUUCUACAGAAAGCAGGAGACAGAAGAGAAACGAUCAUCACAGAUACAGGGAACCACCCAGAAUCUGCUGCUGUAAAUGAAGUCCAGAAAAAGUUCAGAUUAAAUCUGAUGAAGAAGUUUCAGUGUUUGAAUGGAGUGAUAAUAAACCUGGGAACCCAACCCCUCCUGAAUGAGAUCUACACAGAGCUCUACAUCACAGAGGGAGACAGUGGAGAAGUCAAUAAUGAACAUGAGGUGAGACAGAUGGAGGCAGCGUCCAGGAGAACAACAACAGAGGAAACACCAAUCAAAUGUAAUGACAUCUUUAAGCCUUUAUCUGAACAAAACGAACCCAUCAGAUCUGUGCUGACAAAGGGAGUCGCUGGCAUCGGAAAAACAGUCUCUGUGCAGAAGUUCAUUCUGGACUGGGCUGAAGGGAAAGCAAAUCAGGACGUCCACCUCAUAUUUCCACUUCCUUUCAGAGAACUGAAUUUGAUGAAGGACCAGAAACUGAGUCUGAUGGAGCUUCUUCAUGUCUGUUUUAAGGAAACAGUUUGGAAAAGGUUCUGUUCAUUUUUGACAGAUUGGACAAGUGUCGUUUUCCUCUAGAUUUCCAGAACACAGUGAAAGUGUGUGAUGUAACUGAAUCAGCGUCAGUGCAGGAGCUGCUGAUAAACCUGAUCAAAGG